AAGAGAAUGGCAAAGCAACUAACUGAUGAGUACAUGGAACUAAUCAGAACAGCCAAACAGAAAAAGAAGAAAAACGAAGUUCUAUAUCCUCUGUACCAAAGAAGUAACGAGCUGUUAAAAGAAAUAAGAACAACACAUGAAUUGCGCCUAGAUUCUUGCCUGGUGAGUGAGAUAAUAGGAGAAGAAAGCAAAAGAAUAUUUCUACAGUGCAAUAACCACAUAACGCUAAACAACUACAUUGAAAUGGCCAGUACUAACACAAGCAUUCAUACACAGCUAGCAAAAAGUUAUUACAGAGGAGCAUAUUUUCCACCAAUUCUAACACUCACUGGGAGUAUAGCAGAGCAACCAAUUAAAAAGCCUAAAAAACCAAAGCUAGAGAAGGCACAGGAAAAACCAGAAGAAACAAAAGAAGUAAAAGAAGAGCAGAUGGAUGCACCAAAAGAAAUAAAAAGAGUCUACCGAAUCCUGAAAGAAAUAGGAGAAGUAGAACUUUACAGACUAAUUAUAAAUGUAGACUCAUUUGGAAAGACUGUAGAGAACAUUCUUACACUAGCAUUUGCAUUAAAGGUAGGAAGAGCAUUCUUAAUGAAGAAACAAAAUAUUCUUUAUGUAAGCAGCACAAAACCCAAAGAGGAAUACGCAGUAAAUAGUACGCAUUAUAUUAUGGGAAUUACCUCAGCAGAAAUAGAUAGAAUAAAAGAAGAAAUGAACAUUACAGAAAAUAUGAUAUAAAGAUAAACAACAAAUAACCUAUUUACUAUUAAAUAGAAUGCUUUCACACAA